GAAAUAGAUAUGACCUAAAGGUCUCUGUUACCAGGUCAUAAAAAAAAAACCUAAACCGUAUUUAAUAGUGUAAUAUGUACCGUACUUACACACCUGCCUACCUAUGUUCAAAAUAAGUAUUUCUUUUAAUACAAAUCAUGGUUACAUAAAUUAGUGGCAAGAAUAUAAAGUGUACUAUUAUUAACUUUGUUACAUAGAGCGUUGAUUUGACCAAUAUCGCAGUGAACAGAGCGGAGUUCAUACUCACCUCUACUUUAUUUAAUUCUAUUUUCUUUCAUUCCUCUAUGAAUAUCAUUUCAAUAAUAGAUCAGACAUGACAACCUGCAAAAUAAUUUAUUUAUUUCCCUUAUGACUAUACUUCCCUUUUCUUGACCAAACAAAGAAAAAAACUGUCAGUCUUGAGUCUUGACACAACUUGACACACUGUUGUCAAUGUUGUCAUUAAAUUUGAUUUGACUGAAGGCAAAAUCUGUGUGAAACUUUUUCAGCAAGAAAUAUGGCUGGUGCACUGACAAGAGUGAUUCAGGGCACAAAACCACAUUUGGGCAUUAUUGGGCCUUUGGCAAUUAAUGUCAACAAUGUACCGGUGCGCUUCCAGCAGACCCAGGCGCCUUCAAAAGACAAGUAUGGACCGCUGGCCGAUAGCGAUCGGGUUUUCACAAACUUGUAUGGUCGACAUGAAUGGAGGUUGAAGGGUGCUCUCGCCCGAGGGGACUGGUAUUUGACGAAGGAGAUUUUACUGAAAGGAACCGACUGGAUCGUUAAUGAAAUGAAAACAUCUGGCCUUCGAGGCAGGGGAGGAGCAGGUUUUCCAACAGGAAUGAAGUGGUCAUUCAUGAACAAGCCAUCAGAUGGCCGUCCAAAAUAUCUCGUGGUGAAUGCUGAUGAGGGUGAACCUGGUACUUGUAAAGACAGGGAGAUUAUGCGUCACGACCCCCACAAACUGGUGGAAGGAUGUCUAAUUGCUGGCCGAGCCAUGGGUGCACAAGCAGCAUACAUUUACAUCAGAGGUGAAUUCUACAAUGAAGCAAGCAAUUUGCAAGUUGCUAUUGCUGAGGCUUACCAAGCCGGUCUCAUUGGUAAGAACUCUUGUGGUUCUGGUUAUGACUUUGAUAUAUUCGUACACCGCGGUGCCGGCGCAUACAUCUGUGGUGAGGAGACAGCUCUCAUUGAGUCCAUUGAGGGCAAACAAGGCAAGCCGAGGCUCAAACCUCCUUUCCCCGCUGACGUGGGUUUGUUCGGUUGUCCCACCACUGUCAACAAUGUAGAAACAAUCGCGGUAGCGCCCACGAUCUGUAGGCGUGGCGGCAAGUGGUUCGCAUCGUUCGGGCGCCAACGUAACUCUGGCACGAAGCUGUUCAAUAUAUCGGGUCACGUGAACACGCCGUGCACCGUGGAGGAGGAGAUGAGCAUCCCGCUCAAGGAGCUCAUUGAGAGGCACGCGGGCGGAGUCACCGGCGGCUGGGACAACCUGCUCGCCAUCAUACCAGGAGGCUCCUCGACCCCGCUCAUACCCAAGAACGUCUGCGAGACAGUGUUGAUGGACUUCGACGGUCUAGUAGCCGCGCAGACCUCCCUGGGCACGGCGGCCAUCAUUGUCAUGGACAAGUCAACUGACAUCGUGAAGGCGAUCGCUCGACUCAUCAUGUUCUACAAGCACGAGUCCUGCGGCCAGUGCACUCCUUGCCGCGAAGGUGUCUCCUGGAUGAACAAGAUUAUAUACAGAUUCGUCGAUGGUAAUGCUUCACCGAAAGAAAUCGACAUGCUGUGGGAAAUUUCGAAACAAAUCGAAGGGCACACGAUCUGCGCUCUGGGCGACGGAGCCGCGUGGCCGGUGCAGGGACUCAUACGUCACUUCCGGCCCGAGCUCGAGCGACGCAUGCAGGAGUACUCGGCCGCGCACGGGCCGAGCAAAGCCGAGCGCCUGUACUAGUAGUGCAAUACGCGCCGAACGUCAACUCUUCACUUUGAGAGUAUCGAAGGAACCAUUGUACAGAGAAAGAUGCAGCGAGAUCAUUUUAGUGUAAUAAUAAACGGCGAUCUAUGAAUAAAUCUUUUUUUUGUUAA